GGCUGUCCGCAACACUCUCUGAGGUUUCCUGCAAUUAAGGAAAGUACAGUUCCCAUAUCAGGCAGAGAUGCAGCCAGUCAGGGUGCUCUCAAUUGUUUCCCUGUAGAAAGUCCUCAGAAUUUUGGUCCCCAUCUCCAACUUUUUCAACUAUCUGUGGUGACAGAGGUACUGCUGUGCUCUUUUCACAACACAGCCGGUAUGUACAGACAAUGUAAGGUGCUUUGUGAUGUUUAUGCCGAGGAACUUAAAGCUGUUCACCUUCUUAACCCCAGAUCCAUUGAUGUCAACAGGGGUUAUCCUGUCUCCAUUCUUCCUGUCGUCCACAAUCAGCUCCUUUGUUUUUGUGACAAUGAUGGAGGGUUUGUUUCCUUGACACCAGUCAGAUGUUCAGAUCAUAGAUAGAUUCAGCAGUUAGAUGGUUGAGCCUGGUGCAAUGAAUGUGCUGAGCUGUGUAUAUCACAAUGCAAGAAGCAUCGUAGGAAAGCCAGAUGAGCUCAGGUAGGGAAUUAUGAUAUUGUAACCAAUAUUGGGACUUGGUUGCAGCCAACAGUCUCAGGGAUUUAGAGGAACAAAUUUGUAGAGAGAUUGCAGACCAUGCCAAUAAACAAAAAGGUUGAUUCAGUAAGUGAUUUUAACUUUCCACAUAUUGACUGGGACUCCUAAACUGUAAAGGACUAGAUGAGGUAGAGUUUGUCAUAUGUGCCCUUAAUCAAUACGUAGAAUUCCUGAUGUAGAAGUGUGCAAUAAGCUGUUAGGAAAUGAUCAGGGCUGGUGACAGAAAUUAGUGAUCAUAAUGCCAUGAGAUUCAAAGUAAAUAUGGAAAAAGAGAGGUCUGGACCACGGGAUGAGAUUCUAAAAUGGAGAAAGGUCAAUUUUGAUGGUAUCAGAAAGGAUCAGACAAGUGUGGUUUGGGACAGGUUGUUUCCUGGCAAAGGAGUACCUGUAAGUGGGAGGUCUUCAGAUGUGAAUUUUUGAGGAUGCAGAGUUUGUAUGUGCCUGCCAAAAUGAAAGUUGAAAGGUAACUGGUCCAGGGAACCUUGGUUUUGAAGAGAAAUUGAAGCCUCGUAUAUAUUAUUCCACUAAAUGCCUCAGACUGUUGGGUGCUACCGAGACCCAUUAAUGACUACAAGUCAUAAUUCCACGCACUGAGCUCAUCUGAAUUUUUUUGUUGUCUUUUGGUUUCUCAAAGCUUCCGAAUAUUUGUUCUUUUGUUUGCCCUCUCUUUGACAUUUAUGUUGGCUCUGGCUUCUCAUUUUAGCCACAGUUCUGUCCUCCUGUCUUUCUGAUGCUUCCACUUCUGUGGAAUCACUCAGGUCCCAAAUUGCUCCAGAAACUCCAGCCACUGCUGCUCAAUUGUCACUCCUACCCUUUCCCUUCCAAACAAGUUUGGCCAGCUUCUCUGCCAUAUAAACAUGGAGAAGUUCAGUAAAGAAACAGGCUAUUUGUCCCAUCUAGUCAAUGCCAAAAAAGCAUUUAAACUUGCAGUGCGAUCUGGACCAGCUGGCAAAAUGGUUUGAGAAAUGGAAAAAGGAAUUUAAUGCAGACAAGUGUGAGUUGUUGCACUUUGGUCUGACCUACCGAGGGAGGUCUUUCACAGUGACUGGUCGGGCACGGAGGAGUGUUGUAGAAGAAAGGGACCUGUUGUAGAAGAAAGUCCUUAAUUCACUGAAAGUGGUAUCACAGUUAGAUAGAGAUGGAAGGGAAGAUUUUAGCCCAAUGGCCUUCAUGAACAAAAGUACUGACAACAAUAGAUGAAUGUUAUGUUGACUUGUAGAAAACAUUGGUGAGGCCUAAUUUGGAGUACUGAGUACAGUUUUGGUCACCAACCUACAGGAAAGAUGUAAGGACUUUGAAAGAGUUCAGAGAAAAUUCACAAGGAUGUUGCCAGGUCUGGAGUACUUGGGUUAUAAGGAAAGAUUGAACAGGUCAGGACUUUAUUCCUUGGACUGUAGGAGAUUGAGGGGAGAUUUGAUUGUGAUAGAGGGGCAUAGAUAGUGUAAAUGCAAGCUGGCUUUUACCACUGAGAUGGGGUGGGAGUACAACCAGAGGCCAUGGGUUAAGGGUGAAAGGUGAAAUGUUAAGGGGAAUAUGAGGGGAAACUUCUUCACACAGACAGUCAUCGGGGUGUGGAAUGAGCAGCCAGCUCAAGUGGUGCAUGCGAGCUCAAUUUCAACAUUUCAGAGGUUCAUGUAGGUACCUGGAUGGUAGGGGUAUGGGAGUGGGCAGUUUAAAUAGUUUAGCACAGACUAGAUGGCCCAAAGGGCCUGUUUCUGUGUUGUAAUUUUCUACAAGAAUGUGAAAUAUUACAAAAAUUCACUCUGUCUUUUUAACAGUUGUGCGGACCAACCACUCACCUCAACAGGAAUUUUUAAUAUGGCAUUAAAACUGUGGCACUUUACGUUAAUAAUACAUAAAAGAAAAUCCUAGAUGCACAUCAAGAAAGACUAAUUGCAUGAGACUGGUUUUGUUACUGUGGGGCCAGGCACCCAUGCAGCUCAGCAGGAACAGGGAAUAAUACCAAUGGAGAGAGUCUAACUCCACCAAGGUACAAAUUGGAGAUGACAGAAAUGCCCCAUUCUUAUAGAAACAGGAAGAGCAUCAAAGAAUUGAUGGUCAUUCCAGAUACCAGCACUCUGCCCAGUCAGGAGAUGAUUUCUCUGUCCAACUUGGGUAGAACCUCACUGAAACAGUGCGAUACCAGGUCAAACCUUGGUAACUGAAGUAAUCUCAUCUGAAAUGUUGUCCUACACCCAUUGAUGGAUUUUGUAAAUCUUUUUACAGGUUAAAAACAAGAAGGAAUUUGUCUCCAGGAAGUUCAAACACGGCACACCAGUUUUGUUGUCUCUCUCUAGAUAUUUAAGGAGCAAGGGAUUCAAUCGACCAUCCUUCCUGCUCAACUGUGGGGAGGGAUUUAUUCGGUCAUUUGACCAACUGGCAACCCGUCAUUUUACACAGGAGAAAGGCUGUUCACCCGUUCAGACAGUGGGAAUGGAUUCAGUCGGUUAUCACAAUUGAAGGUACAUCAGUAAUUUCACACUGGGCAAGGCCAUUCACCUGUUCUGUGUGUGAGAAGGCGUUCAGUCGGUCUUCCCACCUGUGGACACACCAGUCAGUUCACACUGGGCAGAGGCUGGUCAUCUGCUGAACAUCUGGGAAAGGAUUCACUCUGUCAUCUGACCUAAUGGCUCACCAGCGUGUUCACAUUGGGGAGAAGCCAUUCACCUGCCCAGUCUGUGGGAAGGGAUUCACUCAGCCAUCCACCCUACAGAGUCACCAGCGAGUUCACACUGGAGAGAGGCCUUUCACCUGCGCAGAAUGUGGGAAGGGAUUCACUAAGUCAUCCACCUUACUGGUACAUCAGCGAGUUCACACUGGGGAGAAGCCAUUCAGCUGCUCAGUCUGUGGGAAGAGAUUCACUCAGUCAUCCCACCUACAGAGUCAUCAGCGAGUUUACACCGGGGAGGGGCCAUUCACCUGCUCAGAAUGUGGGAAGAGAUUCACUUAUUCAUCCACCCUACAGAGUCAUCAGCGAGUUCACACUGGGGAGAAGCCGUUCACCUGCUCAGAAUGUGGGAAGAGAUUCACUUAUUCAUCCACCCUACAGAGUCAUCAGCGAGUUCACACUGGGGAAAAGCCGUUCACCUGCUCAGUCUGUGGGCAGGGAUUCACUCAGUCAACCCACUUACAGAGACACCAGCGAGUUCACACUGGGGAGAAGCCGUUUACCUGCUCAGAAUGUGGGAAAAGAUUCACUGAUUCAUCCGCACUACAGAAGCAUCAGCGAUUUCACACUGGGGAGAAACCGUUCACCUGCUCAGAAUGUGGGAAGAGAUUCACUGAUUCAUCCACCCUACGGAAGCAUCAGCGAGUUCACACUGGGGAGAAGCCGUUUACCUGCUUAGAAUGUGGGAAGAGAUUCACUCAGUUAUUCAAUCUACAGAGACAUCAUCGAGUUCACACUGGGGAGAAGCCUUUCACAUGCUCAGUCUGUGGGAAGAGAUUCACUGAUCUAUCCACCCUACUGAGGCAUCAGCGAGUUCACACUGGAGAGAGGCCGUUCACCUGCUCAGAGUGUGGGAAGGGAUUCACUCGGUCAUCCCACCUACUGGCACACCAGCAAGUUCACAUUGGGGAGAAGCCGUUCACCUGCUCAGUCUGUGGGAAGGGAUUUACUCAGUCAUCCAAUCUACAGAGACAUCAUCGAGUUCAUACUGGGGAGAAGCCGUUCAUCUGCACAGUCUGUGGGAAGCGAUUCACUGAUCCAUCCACCCUACUGAGUCAUCAGCGAGUUCACACUGGGGAGAAGCCGUUCAUCUGCUCAGAAUGUGGGAAGAGAUUCACUGAUUCAUCCACCCUACGGAAUCAUCAGCGAGUUCACACUGGGGAGAAGCCAUUCACCUGCUCAGUCUGUGGGAAGGGAUUCACUCAGUCAUCCCACCUACAGAGACACCAGCGAGUUCACACUGGGGAGAAGCCGUUCACCUGCUCAGAAUGUGGGAAGAGAUUCACUGAUUCAUCCGCCCUACUUUGUCAUCAGCGAGUUCACACUGGGGAGAAGCCGUUCACCUGCUCAGCAUGUGGGAAGAGAUUCACUGAUACAUCCACCCUACGGAAGCAUCAGCGAAUUCACACUGGGGAGAAGCCGUUUAACUGUUCAGAAUGUGGGAAGAGAUUCACUCAGUUAUCCAAUCUACAGAGACAUCAUCGAGUUCACACUGGGGAGAAGCCGUUCACGUGCUCAGUCUGUGGGAAGAGAUUCACUGAUCUAUCCACCCUACUGAGUUAUCAGCGAGUUCACACUGGAGAGAGGCCGUUCACCUGCUCAGAGUGUGGGAAGGGAUUCACUCAGUCAUCCCAACUACUGGAACACGUCAAUUCAUAGUGGGGAGUGGCCGUUGUUAUGAAUCCCUAGGUUUCGUUUGCUGUGGACUGUCAUUUUAAGAGACAGAAAUUAAGAAGUCUGACUUGCAGCUUGUUUACAUCGCUCGCAGCUUGUUUCGUUUUAACCGAGGACACAGACACUCAGAGUCAGACGGAGACGGAUGAAAAAUGAAAGGAUUGAAACCAGGGAAAUAGUGGCCAAAGGUCACUGUUUAGAACAUUCCUAUGCCCACAAGGGUGGGUUAAUUAUCCAUUCGCCGUACAUCGAAUGUGUGGUUGUCACCUCAUUUAACCCAUAGGAGUGGAUCUGAUUUGGGAUAUCCUGUUUAGACCACUUAUGUGUUAACCCUUGCCUGUGUGUGAUGUGGUCAUUCAUUUGAAGAUGAUACCCCUCAUGACAAGUCACAUUCGGUGAUAAUUCGUAUGUAGAUUUGUAAAGAUGAUGGAUAAAAUCUACAGCAACUGUUCUCUCAUUUUAACACUGUGGAACCUGCAGAACAGACAGACAGACAGACGUACUUUAUUGAUCCUGAGGAAAAUUGGGUUUCGAUACAGCCGCACCAUCCAAGACUUGCAGUGAGAGAUUUAUUGGAAGAAAAACCACGACUGAAGAUGAGGGAACAGCAACAAGUGAACCAGCCCGAGGAUUGAGAGCAUCAACUAGAGAGAACCCAUCUGACUCGGAGAUUCCACUGAUUCAGUCAGGAGAAAGUUUGGUUAGAAAAUGACAAGGAAUUUGUCUACAGGAAUCUCAAACAGAACAUACCAGUUUUGCUGUCUCUAUCCAGAUAUUUAAGAAGUGGAGCAAGGGAUUCAAUCGAUCAUCCUUCCUGCUCAGACUGUGGGGAGGGAUUCACUCGGUCAUCCUUCCUGCUCAGACUGUCGGGAGGGAUUCACUCAAUCAUCUGACCAACUGGCAUGCCCGUCAUUUUGCACAGGGUAGAUGCCAUUCAUCUGCUCAGACAGUGGGAAUGGAUUCAUGCGGACAUUUCAACUGAAGGUGCAUCAGCAAGUUCACACUAGGACAAGGCCAUUCACCUAUUCUGUGUGUGAGAAGGGAUUUAGUCAGUGUACCCACCUGUGGACACACCAGUCAGUUCACACUGGGCAGAAGUUGCUCAUCUGUUGAAUUUGUGGGGAAAGAUUCACUCGAUCAUC